AUAAAUAAGUAAUCUAUGUAUCUCUUUCUUUUCCAAUCCUCUUUUUAAUGUACCUUACGUGAUGAUUUACUAAACAUCCUCUUAAUAACUCUCUACGUACAAACACGUUCAUACUUUAAUCAAACUCUAUUGAGUUUUCCCAAUACAACAACUCACAACACCGUCCGUCAUUAAUUUUCACUCUGCUUAGUGACAGGACGAAAGAAGAACUGUCAGAAGCAGAUAUUACCAUCGCAUAUACUGUUUGCAUGCCAGCAAAAUCGGCUACGCAACACCAUAACAUACCUACAUCUCCAACAAAGUUUCGACCGAUUUCUUGCCGACAUUGCCCACUUUUACGAAUCCCCAAUUCUUAUCAAGGCCGCCAAUCAUGGCUGGCGAACUAUCAGAGAAAGUUGAGACGGCGGGGCAUGAGAGUCGUCCAUCCAGCAACGGAGGCUCAUCUUUAACUGAACGCGAUUCUAGACAGGAACAAAAGGACGGGGAAGGGAUAACGACGGUGUCGCCGGCUAAGGAAAAGGAUUUGUCGAAAUUAGACUCGAAUGUUGUGAAGGUGGCAAAUAAAAAUGAGGAUAUUUACGCACAUUUACCUCCCCAUGAGGCGGAAAUAUUAAAACGACAAGUGGUUUUGCCAGAAAUAUCAUCAGGAGUUGGAAAUUUAUAUCGCUUCUCGACUACAAAUGAUAUCAUUAUCAUGGUUGUCAGUGGCAUCUGCAGUAUUGCAGCGGGGGCUGCAUUACCUUUGAUGACGGUUAUCUUCGGUCAAUUGGCGGGAACAUUUGCAGAUUACUUCGCAGGAUCGAGUAGCAAGGAGCAUUUUAAUCAUACCAUCAAUCACAUGGUUCUCUACUUUAUCUACCUUGGUAUAGCCGAGUUUGUCACCAUCUACAUCUCUACCGUCGGAUUUAUUUAUGUUGGAGAACAUAUCAGUGGAAAGAUUAGAGCACAAUACUUGGCUGCUUGCUUACGCAUGAAUAUUGGUUUCUACGAUAAGCUAGGAUCAGGAGAAAUUACUACCAGAAUCACAGCUGAUACCAAUUUGGUUCAAGAUGGUAUCUCCGAAAAGGUCGGCUUGACACUCAAUGCAUUGGCUACCUUCUUUACCGCUUUUGUGAUUGGCUUUAUCAAGUCAUGGAAACUGACGCUUAUUCUCACAUCUACCGUUGCGGCCAUCACUGUUAUCAUGGGAGGUGGCUCCAGAUGGAUUGUCAAGUACAGCAAACAAUCCCUUCAAUCUUAUGCCAUUGGUGGAUCUAUCGCCGAAGAAGUCAUUUCAUCCAUCAGAAAUGCCACUGCCUUUGGUACUCAAGAUAAACUCGCCCGUCAAUAUGACAAACAUCUUGCGGAGGCAGAAAAAUACGGUUACAGGACCAAAUUCACAUUAGCUAUCAUGGUAGGAGGCAUGUUUUUGGUCAUCUAUCUUAAUUAUGGUCUAGCAUUCUGGAUGGGUUCUAGAUUCCUUGUUGAUGGAUCCAUGACCCUUUCUCACAUUCUCACAAUCUUGAUGUCUAUCAUGAUCGGAGCUUUUGCUUUUGGAAAUGUUGCUCCCAACGCUCAGGCUUUCACAACUGCUAUCUCCGCCGCCGCCAAGAUCUUCAACACAAUCGAUCGUGUUUCACCCUUGGAUCCAACCUCUACCGAAGGUAUCAAGCUCGAUCACGUCGAGGGAACCGUCGAAUUAAGAAAUAUCAAGCACAUCUAUCCAUCCAGACCUGAGGUCACAAUCAUGAACGAUGUCAGUUUGGUUAUUCCAGCGGGCAAAAUGACAGCUCUUGUGGGUGCAUCUGGAUCCGGGAAAAGUACUAUAGUUGGCUUGGUGGAGAGAUUCUACGAUCCAGUCGGCGGUCAGGUUUUGAUUGAUGGGCAUGAUGUUAGUACCUUGAAUUUGCGAUGGCUACGACAACAAAUUUCCUUGGUGAGCCAAGAGCCUACAUUGUUUGGAACUUCUAUAUUCGAAAACAUUCGCCACGGACUGAUUGGAACUAAAUUCGAAAACGAGACAGAAGAACGUCAGAGAGAAUUAGUUAUCGAGGCUGCCAAGAUGGCCAAUGCACAUGACUUUGUUUCUGCUUUACCUGAAGGUUACGAAACAAACGUUGGUGAAAGAGCCAGCUUACUUUCCGGUGGUCAAAAGCAACGUAUCGCAAUUGCAAGAGCCAUGGUUAGCGAUCCAAAGAUUCUUCUACUCGAUGAAGCCACAUCUGCUCUUGACACAAAAUCCGAGGGUGUCGUACAAGCCGCUCUUGAGGUUGCUGCUGAAGGACGAACUACUAUUACAAUUGCUCAUCGACUUUCCACUAUCAAGGAUGCGGAUAAUAUUGUUGUCAUGACUGAAGGUCGCAUCGUUGAACAAGGAACUCACAACGACUUGCUUGCUAAACAAGGUGCUUACUAUAGAUUGAUCGAAGCACAAAAGAUCGCUGAAACCAAGGAAAUGACCGCUGAAGAGCAGUUAGAUAUCGACGCCAAAGACGAUGAACUUGUACGCAAAAUGUCCAAUAAGGUCGGAGGAAUUGAGUACAACGAGGAUCCAGAUGAUAAGAAUAUUGUCAACAAAUUGAAUCGCACAACAACGGAAAAGUCGCAAUCAUCUGUCGCACUUCAAAGCAAGACAUUAUCAUCAGAACAACAUGAUUCAUUAUGGAUAUUGAUCAAGUUGAUUGCUUCAUUCAACAAAACUGAAUGGAAAUUGAUGUUGGUUGGAUUGUUCUUUUCCGUUAUUUGUGGAGGAGGUAAUCCAACUCAAGCCGUUUUCUUCGCCAAGGAAAUCAUUUCGCUUUCACUUCCUGCCGUUCCUGCCAACUUCCAUAAGAUUAGACAUGAUGCCGAUUUCUGGUCUUUGAUGUACCUUAUGUUGGCGAUUGUUCAAUUCCUUGCAUUUUGUGCCCAAGGCAUUGCCUUUGCUUUCUGUUCAGAAAGGCUCAUUCACCGAGUCCGUGACCGUGCUUUCCGUACAAUGCUUCGUCAGGACAUUCAAUAUUUCGACAGGGAUGAACAUACUGCGGGUGCUCUCACAUCAUUCUUGAGUACCGAAACUACCCACGUCGCAGGAUUAUCUGGAGUUACCUUGGGAACGCUUUUGACAGUUAUUACUACGCUCAUCGCAGCAUGCGUUCUUUCUCUCGCUAUUGCCUGGAAGUUGGCUCUUGUCUGUAUCGCCACCAUUCCGAUUUUGCUUGCUUGUGGUUUCUUUCGAUUCUGGCUUCUCGCAAGAUUCCAGCAAAGAGCAAAGAAAGCAUAUGAGAACAGUGCUAGUUAUGCAUGUGAAGCUACUAGUGCUAUCCGAACGGUUGCAUCCUUGACCAGAGAGCAAGAUGUCCUUGCUCAUUACACCCAAUCCCUCAAAGACCAGGAACAAAGGAGUUUGAGAUCCAUCUUGAAGUCUUCAUUACUUUAUGCUGCGUCUCAAUCUUUGGUGUUCCUUUGCGUCGCACUUGGAUUCUGGUAUGGUGGUCAACGCAUCGCUGACAAGGAGUACACCAUGUUCCAAUUCUUCGUUUGUUUCUCGGCUGUCAUUUUCGGUGCUCAAUCUGCUGGAACUAUCUUCUCCUUUGCACGUAAGUACUCCUUCAAUCAAUUAUCAUAAUUGUCUUACUAACAUAUUAUAGCGGAUAUGGGUAAAGCCAAACAAGCCGCCCAAGAGCUCAAGAUUCUCUUUGAUCGCAAACCUGCUAUCGACUCUUGGUCCCAAGAUGGAGAGCGCAUGGAGUCUAUGGAUGGAUAUGUCGAGUUCCGUGACGUCCAUUUCCGCUACCCCACUCGUCCAGAACAGCCAGUACUUCGUGGCCUUAACCUCCAAGUUAAGCCUGGACAAUACAUUGCUCUUGUUGGUGCAUCCGGUUGCGGUAAAUCUACGACCAUCGCUCUUCUUGAACGUUUCUAUGAUCCUCUCAUUGGUGGUAUCUAUGUCGAUGGCAAAGAGAUUUCUUCUCUGAACAUCAGUGAUUACCGCUCGCACAUCGCGCUCGUAUCUCAAGAACCAACCCUCUAUCAAGGUACCAUCCGUGAGAACAUGCUCCUCGGAGCUGACCGCGAGGAUGUUCCUGAUUCGGAAAUCGAGUUCGCAUGUCGUGAGGCUAAUAUCUACGAUUUUAUCAUGUCACUUCCUGAAGGAUUUUCCACAGUCGUCGGUUCAAAGGGUAGCAUGUUGUCUGGUGGACAGAAACAAAGAAUCGCUAUCGCUCGUGCUUUACUCCGUGAUCCAAAAAUACUCUUGUUGGAUGAGGCUACUAGUGCAUUGGAUUCCGAGAGUGAACAUGUCGUCCAAGCAGCAUUGGAUAAAGCAGCAAAGGGAAGAACUACAAUUGCAGUUGCGCAUAGAUUGAGUACUAUUCAAAAGGCCGAUUGUAUCUAUGUUUUCGAUCAAGGUAGAGUCGUGGAGAGUGGCACACACUCUGAGCUUAUGCAUAAGGGUGGUAGAUACUCCGAGUUAGUCAACUUGCAGAGUUUGGGCAGAAAGUAAUAGGGAAGAGAUGUAGUGGAAUCUGGAAAAAAGAGAUGCUUAUAUGGAGGAUGAUUUUGAAUUUUUGAAAUGAAUUUUAAUGGUUGCAGAUUUGAUGAGCGUUACGCAUAGAUACCUCAUUGGAGUUUUUAGUUUUUACAUUUUCAUGUUGUGGCACGAGAGCAUAUAUCAUUGGCUCUUUCUUUUCACCAUGGCGAUGGCGUUUGGAGGAUCAUUAUGUCAUGCUAUGCUUCAUUGCAUGAUAUGAUACAGAUAUUAGUUUAUAGACUUGGAGUUUAGACUUUGAAUUAAUGGAUGGAUGAAUGAACGAGUUGAUCAUUCAUGAUGGAUAAUAAAUGAUGGAUGGAUAGCGAUAGAAAAUCAUCACUCUGUUUCUUCUAUGUUACAUUAUAUUACACUACUCUUUUUCACAAUCGUAUC